AUGGCCCUGGACGAGAAGCGGGAGAAGAGCGCGUCCUUCACCCCCAUGAUGAUCGAGGAGGACGCCGCCCUGCGGAACGGCAGCAGGGGGCUCUCGGGCCAGUGGGCGGACGCGGUGGGGGUGAGACCCCGCACCACGGAGCGGCACAUCACGGUGCACAAGCGUCUGGUGCUGGGCUUCGCCAUCUCCAUCCUGGCGCUGCUGGUGGUGACCAUGAUCGCGGUGCUGCUCAGCGUGCGCUUCGAGGAGUGCAGCACGGCGGCCGCCGCAGACAGCCCGGCCCGGGCGAGCGGCAACGGGAGCCUCCCGGGGGCUGCCCGGCUCAACCACGACGCUGGGGAGCCUCCCGGCCGCCAGGAGGAGGCGCCGGGCGAGGAGGAGGAGUGGCAGCGGCGGCGGCAGCCGCCGCCCUGGACCCAGUUGCGCUUGCCCCGGCACCUGAGACCCCUGCACUACAACCUGAUGCUCAGCGCCUUCAUGGAGAACUUCACCUUCUGCGGGGAGGUGAACGUGCAGAUCGAGUGCCUGAACGCCAGCCGCUACAUCGUGCUCCACGCCCACCGCGUGCACAUCGAGGCAGUCCAGGUAGCCGAGGACAAGCUCUCCGGCGCCGUGCGCGUCUCCAGUUUCUUCCUCUACCCGCAGAACCAAGUCUUCGUGGUGGUCCUCAACCGCAGCCUGGAAGCGCAGAGAAGUUACAACCUCAAGAUCAUCUACAGCGCCCUGAUCGAGAACGAGCUGCUGGGCUUCUUCCGCAGCUCCUAUGUGCUCCACGGGGAGAGAAGAUUCCUUGGUGUUACACAGUUUUCUCCUACUCAUGCCAGAAAAGCCUUUCCUUGCUUUGAUGAGCCCAUCUACAAGGCCACUUUCAAAAUCAGCAUCAAGCAUCAAGCAACCUAUUUAUCUUUGUCCAAUAUGCCAGUGGAAACUUCUGUUUUUGAAGAAGAUGGAUGGGUUACGGAUCACUUUUCGCAGACCCCUCUCAUGUCCACAUAUUACCUGGCUUGGGCAGUGUGCAACUUCACAUACCGGGAGACUACCACUAAGAAUGGGGUUGUAGUGCGAUUAUAUGCAAGACCUGAUGCAAUCAGAAGAGGAUCUGGGGACUAUGCUCUAAAUAUUACAAGGAGACUCAUUGAGUUUUAUGAAGACUACUUUAAAGUGCCCUAUUCUCUACCAAAAUUAGAUCUAUUAGCUGUGCCUAAGCAUCCAUAUGCUGCUAUGGAGAACUGGGGACUAAGUGUUUUUGUGGAGCAAAGAAUACUGCUAGAUCCAAGCAUUUCUUCUAUAUCCUACUUACUGGAUGUCACCAUGGUUAUUGUACAUGAACUAUGCCACCAGUGGUUUGGUGACCUUGUGACUCCAGUAUGGUGGGAAGAUGUAUGGCUAAAAGAAGGUUUUGCUCACUAUUUUGAAUUUGUUGGGACAGACUACCUCUACCCAGGCUGGAAUAUGGAAAAGCAGAGAUUUCUGACAGAUGUCCUACAUGAAGUAAUGCUGCUCGACGGCUUGGCCAGUUCACAUCCAGUCUCACAGGAGGUGCAGCGAGCCACAGACAUUGACAGGGUGUUUGACUGGAUCGCCUAUAAAAAGGGUGCAGCUUUAAUUCGAAUGUUGGCUAAUUUUAUGGGUCACUCUGUAUUUCAGAUGGGCUUACAAGACUAUUUGACAAUUCACAAGUAUGGCAAUGCAGCCAGAAAUGAUCUCUGGAAUACCCUGUCAGAGGCUCUAAAAAAGGUUGGAAAAUUUGUAAAUAUCCAAGAGGUAAUGGAUCAAUGGACACUACAGAUGGGUUACCCCGUUAUCACCAUCAUGAGAAAUGAAACUGCAGACAAUAUAGUAGUAAUAUCCCAAGAGCACUUUAUUUACGACAUUGAUGCUAAAACCAGGGAUCCUGACCUUGGAAACAACAGCUACUUGUGGCAGAUUCCACUAACAAUUGCGGUAGGAAAUACGAGCCACAUCUCUUCAGAGGCAAUUAUAUGGGUGUCUAACAAAUCAGAACAUCACAGAAUUGCUGCUUUAGACGAGACAAGCUGGUUGCUGGGGAACAUCAAUCAAACUGGCUAUUUUCGGGUUAACUAUGACAUAAGGAAUUGGAGGUUGUUAAUUGACCAACUAAUGAGGAACCAUGAGGUUAUCUCUGUCAGUAAUCGAGCAGGUUUGAUUGAUGAUGCAUUCAAUCUAGCCAGAGCUGGCUAUUUGCCUCAGAAUAUUCCUCUGGAGAUUAUCAGAUACCUUUCCGAGGAGAAGGAUUUUCUGCCUUGGCAUGCUGCCAGCCGAGCUCUUUAUCCUCUAGAUAAAUUGCUGGACCGCACUGAAAACUACAACAUUUUCAAUGAAUAUAUUUUAAAACAAGUUGCAGCGAUGUACCUCAAACUUGGAUGGCCAACGAAUAAUUUAAACAGAUCCCUUGUUCAAGCUGCCUACCAACAUGAAGAAUUGCGUCGAGAAGUCAUCAUGCUGGCCUGCAGCUUUGGUAAUAAACACUGUCACCAACAGGCUGCAACAUUAAUCUCAGAUUGGAUUUCCAGCAAUAGAAACCGAAUCCCACUAAACGUCAGAGAUGUCGUUUACUGUACAGGAGUUUCACUGAUGGAUGAAGAUGUAUGGGAGUUCAUUUGGAUGAAAUUCCAUUCUACCACAGCGGUAUCUGAGAAGAAAAUAUUGUUAGAAGCCUUAACUUGCAGUGAUGAUAGAAACUUGUUAAACAGGCUUCUGAACCUGUCUCUCAAUUCAGAAGUUGUCCUGGAUCAAGACGCAAUUGAUGUCAUAAUCCAUGUAGCUCGAAAUCCACAUGGCAGGGAUCUUGCUUGGAAGUUUUUCAGAGAAAAAUGGAAAAUACUAAAUGCCAGAUAUGGAGAAGCAUUAUUUAUGAAUUCCAAACUUAUCAGUGGAGUCACAGAAUUCCUUAAUACUGAAGAAGAACUAAAUGAGCUGAAGAAUUUUAUAAAGAGCUACAAGGAAGGAGCUGCCUCCUCUUUCUCUCGAGCUGUGGAAACAGUGGAAGCCAAUGUACGGUGGCAAAUGCUUUAUAAAGAAGAACUAUUCCAGUGGCUAAGAAAAUCCCUGAUACACUAAUCUCUGUUUCUAACUAACCAUUUAAUGGGAAGUUGUGCAAGAGGAGGUGCAAUACGUGAAAAAUCUGAGAGCGUUUGACAUUGAAAUGGUGAAGACAAGAUCAGAAUUGCAGGGAGUUUUCUUGCACUGGGCUCUUAUUAAAACUGUAAAGGAACUCUUGCAAGAAGAGGCGGUCAUGAAUGCUUGUGAAAUCCAGUCCUCAGUGUACAUGACCAAACAUGAUAUUAAGUGGUGCAUGCAAAUGUUACCGUCAGUUUGAAAAAACUUCAAAGAGUAUUUUGUGCAUGGUUGUAUGGUCCCUGCCUGUAGUCCAGCAUGCUUACCUAUAAUGACCGAGUUUUGUAUGUGAAUUCCUGUUACAUCAAAGAUGGGCAUUAUGCAAAAGCACAAACACUAUCUAUGACAAUCAGUGUUGCAAUGAACAGAAGUAAUGGAAAAAAGGAGAGGAAAGUUUGUAGGGCUCCAAACACAGGGGCGGCAUGAGAUGUAAAGUCAUCCUUACAUGAUAGAUGCCAAUCAUUUCAGCACUCAGAUUGUCUCUUAAUGAUUAUAGGGAUGCCAACUCAUUUUUGAGUUGCCAGUUGUUAUAUAUGCAGUCUCCCCAUUUCCGCAUUUAAAUAAAGUGUACAUACAUUGAGAGACACCACUCACCUAGUACACUGUAAUUUCAUUAGCUAAUUAUAUUCACUGCUGAUCAGUGAAAAAAAAAACAUUUUAAAGCUCUAAUCGUAAAUGUAUACAAUGUUUAUGAUGAGAACUUUGCAUAGCUGCUUGGACAAAAUCCAUAAACCACCUCCUCUGAGUGAUUUUAUGAGGCAGUGGUAUUCUGGAUGUGUUACUCAAUUGGUGUAGUAAUUACGCAGCUGCUAAUGCACAACUAUCAUAAAUACUCAUCAAACUCAAAUGGAUAUAGGCAAAAGAGGAGAAUAACCUGGAUCCAUGAACACAAAAUUAACCAGUAAAGCUAUCUUGCACAUGGAAAGCCAGCCUCUGUGAUGAUCUAAUAUAAAAGACAAAUAACCUAGAUACUCCAUGAUUGUGUCAGCAUUUGAGUGAUAUUUUCACUCAAAUACGCUCUUAUCAUUUUUGCCAGCUCUUUUUUUAACGUUAAAUACAGAUAUAUAUUUGUAAUGGCUACUGUUAAGAAAACACUUCUACUUCUAUUUCCCUUUUCCUGUGAUUCACAUAAAGUAUUCCAGAAUUCUAAACAUGAAUAUGAUGUUUUUCCUCCCAAUCCUACAAUUUACUGAAUUUGCUAGCAUUUAAUGACAUUCUGCACCACUGGUGGCAUCUAUUGGGAAUGAAAACUGAUGUUCUCAUCUUAGGCCCAAAAAUUCUCCCAUGCUGUGCAGCAUGGAGAAGAGCAGAACCACAGAAAGAUCACAGGAAGUGGGUUGUGGUAGUUCAGAGGUGGGGAUAGACAUAGUAUUUCUGCCCCCGCCAUUUAACUGUUUCUGGCCCUUCUGCAGCAUGAGAGGUCAGCUCUCUGCAGCUGGGGGAAUGUGGCCACCCAAAGUCGGGAACAUUUUACACAGCAGUUCAGCUCACAAAAUGCAGCAUGGUAGUAGUAACUCAUCCUCAACCAGUUUUUCACAGAUGGGUCACAAGUUGGCACUGUACAAGGAACCAGCUAAUAUCAGCAUAUUGAACUGGCAGAUGAGUCCUUGCAGUGGUGUAAGGGGAGAAGAGACUCUCUAAUAUAGCCCCUUGUUCCUAUGGAACUCUGUUCCUCAAGAGCUGAUAGCCACAUCCCCUGAGUAUCCUGCUCUACUACUAACUGUACUGACAUGAGUUAAUGCAGCAGAACAGCGCCAGCCCAGGAGCUACAGAUCUCUACCCGCUCCUUCUGUGUCUAGUGUGACCUUACAAACAAGAGGGAGUCCUCUGCUCCUGAUAAGCCCUAUACAUUUUGUGUUGCAGUGUUAACGAGCUUCUGCUUUCCUCCCAGAGACAUUUUCAUGUCUGUAGAGUGAAAUACUCUUUAUGUAUCUUUUACCUACCUCACAGGGAUGUUGUGAGGCUUACUUAAUGUUAGUCUAGCACUUCAGUAUCCUCUGAGGGAAGGCACUUAAAAGUGCAAAGAGCUGUUGUUAUGUGGUUGGCCAGACUCUGCCUCAACACCAGUAUGUAGCUGCACUUUUAAAAUUUGAUGACAAAAUACCAUGUAGAUCUGUCAUAUCAAAACAAAGCCAGAAUAUGCUUACCAGAGCCUUUGGCAAGUCCCUUCAAACCUUUGCUGGUCAAAGAGACUACAGGAAGUUAAAUGCUUAAACAUGAAUGGGCUUGGAAAUUUCAGUAAAAAGGUGUCCUUUUUUUGAUGUGCCCAAUGAUUUGAAUAUCUCAGAUUGCAUUCUGCCAUCUCGUUGUUCACUUGGUUGUCACUACAGUUUGAACUUGGGACAUUUGGGACAUAUGUAGAAGUUUCUGACCUUUCCAAUGAUAAUGGGCUAAUAUAAAGAGCAGCCUGACACAUUACAAAAUAGUGAUUUGCUUUUAGUCAUGUGAAUUCCAGAGUGCAGAGCAGUUUUCGUUAUUGCUUUUUUAGAAAUAGAAUUCUAAUGGUUUUUAGUCUUUUCUAGUAGGUUACACUAAUGCUGGGUGCAAGUAUAACAUUUUAGUUGCUGUAUUUAAUAUUUUAGUGGUAUUGAGAGACUGGUCUACCACAAAUAUCAAGCCCUAGCUAUUUGUACUGUACAUACCAAUUGUUGUAUUGCAUAUAAUUAUUGUAUUAUAGUGAUGUCAUUACUGCUAGAGUUAAGGUCGAGUUGGCCCUUUCCAUUAUAAAUACCUAAUGUUUAUUUUUUUAAUAUUUUGUAUUUUGCUGUUUUGCAUUGAAUCAGGCUUAAAUUUAAAUGGCUUAAAUCAAAUAAAACUAUAGCUGUUUUCUACAGUACUCAGAAACCCUGCAUUUAGGUAUGUCUUCAGAUUCUUUUCUUUAUAAGUUCCAGACAGUGAUGUAUUAAAGAGCAGCUGAUACCUCAUGGAAAGCCUUACAAACAUUCUUUUUAGGGAAAAAAAACUGUUUAUCUCAUUAAUUUUUCUCCUUUGUUCCCCUAUCCAUAACUAGAGACGGGUCUUAGCUUCAAAAUUUGGAUUGUGAUCCAGAUUUUGAACAUUCUAAACAUCAAUGUACGUUUUUUGUUUGUUUCAUUCAAAUGCAGGUUUUUUGUUUGGUCCAUUGUAGCGAGGAGGAAUAAACUGCAAAAUUUGGAAUUACAAUGCAGUUUGGAUUCUGAACUCCCCCAAAGCACCAGGGGUGUUUUGAUAUUGCAGUUUAGGCCCACCUCUACCCUUAACACUUGUAUGAACUCAGAAUCACGUUCUUUAUUCUUCUUCUAUAGCCAGUGUUUAUCCCUUACUGAAUAAUGUAGGGGAUAAAUCGACAGUAGACACAAAUAGGUGAACUCCAUGAUAAUACGAUAAUUUAUUGUAUUUGUAUAAUACCCUCAGGCAGAAAAUCUGAUGGUUCCUUGAUGCCAGUAGAGUUACCCCAACUUAUAUCAGUAGUGAAUUUGGCCCAUAAUAGUUGGUGGUAUCAUAAUCAUUAACAUAGCUGCUAAUGAUGACUAGACUAGAAUUAUAUGAAUAUUUUCUUCUUAAACCAAGUUUUACCUGUGUUGUUGUUGGUGUAUAUGAGCAUUAGCUUUGCAUGAUUUUGAUGCAGAACUAUAGUAUUUCAUUAACUAGGGCCAGGUACACCUGAAACCUUGUGAUCCUUUCAGUGCAACGGUGUGAAUUCUAAUCCUAUAAUGGAAGUUGAAGGUGGAUUUUGUGUAGUUUUGGGGUUGUGAGUAUUUCACACAGUUCUAAGUGUCACACAGAAUUGUGACCUCCAUCGGUGCCAAUAAACUCUUUCACAACAAAGAUCCCAAUUCAUCCAAUUAACUCUUUAGUAAUAAAGAAUAAAAGAGAAAUAACUAUAUACAUAUAUAUUUACUAAAGCUAUUAUAUACAUGAGUCUACAGUCUACAGCCAAGUUUCCCAUAAGGUGUCAGCAGCUCUAUUUAUUUUUCAUAGACUACUGCAGAUAGGAAGAGCAACAUUUUCAAACAUGGGUGCCAAUAUUUUAAACACCUAAAUAAAAGUGGCUUUAUUUUUCAGACCUGCUGAUCACUAACCAUUCCCAUUGAAAUGAAAAUGUGGUGAGCAGAGCUCAUCGAAAAAUUCAAGAUUUUCCAUGAGAAAAAAGGGACACAUUUUUCAGAAUUGGGUUUUCAAUCAGCUCUAGUGGCAAACGCUCAGCAUAUCUCAGUAUUGGCCCAGACUAUUGGUCAUAGCCACACAUCUCACAGCGCAAGUUAUGAGCAAGAGGGAGUAUAGAGAGUGUUCUCCUGAGCCGGUUGGAAACCGGGCCAUUCUCCCAGCAUUAAGUUAGAGCAGCCUGAGGGCGGAUUUAACUUCCAUUUACUGCCAAUAGCCCGAAAGGCCAGUAAGUAAUUGAGAAUCACCAGGAUGCAUGGAAGCUUCAGCCAAGCUCUUUACACUGUCAGCCAGGAGGAGGUUGUCAUAAGAACCCCUGUGCCAGUUGCAUAUCACUGGGAGAUCUUCUUAAACUAAAAUGAUGGCUGGAAGUUGACACUAGACAAAUUCAGAUUGGAAAUACAUUGUAAAUGUUCUAAUCAACCACUGGAACAAUUUGCCAGGGGUUUGUGGUGGAUUCCCCAUCACUGGCAAUUUUAAAAUCAAGAUUGGGUGUUUUUCUAAAAGAUGUCCUAUAGGAAUUAUUUUGGGGAGGUUCUAUGGCCUGUGUUAUACAGAAGGUCAGACUAGAGGAACACAAAGGUCCCUUCUGGCCUAGGAAGCUAUGAAUCUGUGAUCUUCCUGGGGCUUUACAUACCAUAUCUGUUGGUGUGCUUGCACCGCUAGGGAGAAUCUGGACCAUUUGUUUUAGACAUCUAAGGUGGAAAACAUUGACCAAAAUCUUUGAAAAGGCUUAGAUUUCUUUAAUGUCUGUUCUUUAAAACUCAUUUGAAAUAGGUAACAUAUUUUGAAUUUUAAAAUACCUGCAAAGAGCCCUAUAGUUCUACUUUUUUUUUUUCCAAUUUAUUUUUUUAAAUGUUGAAAAUUCACUAUUCACUUUCAGGGGACUUUUUCUAACAAAGACCUUAGAAUGUUGCCACUGCAAAUGUAUGAAAGUGCAUUGUCAUGUCAGAGUGCAAGGAAGCUAUGUCAGUGCAAGUUCAUGGAUCUUUUAUUAGGAUUGCAAUAUGUUGGCAAAAUUGCAGUUUGUCGGUGCAAGUCUGUGUUAUGCCAGUGUCAAUGUGGUUCUGUUAUAAUACAUAAAGCUGUAAUAUUAACAUUGCUACAAUUGUUAAUAAGUUAAUUUUCUGUCACUCUUGAAAGAAAUACUGACAUACAAUGAAGGAAACCGUGACUUGUACAAGUAUUCCUUGCUGACAUGAAUACUCCCAUUGUAACUAAUGAGGAGGUGGAAACUGCUGUGUGUAUGGACUACUCACCAGAGUAAAGCUGGUACUAUUGCGCCUGAAUAUUAAGAAAAGUUUUGAAAUCAAGUCCAUUUUAAAGGAAGGCUGACUCAGCAUUCUGAACAUAGUUCCAUUGGAAUCUUUCCAUUGACUUCAUUGGAUGUAAGAUUGGGCCCACAAUGACCAGAUAUUGAAACACGGGGGGCUGAUCAGUGCUUAAUUUGUAAUGAAAGAGCUCUGGGGCUCAAGCAAAUUUUUUUACUUUCAUGACAGAUGCGACUAGCCCAGAGGUGCCGGGGCUAUGAACUGCCAAGCCUAGAGGUACUGGGGCUCAGCCCUGGCAAGCCCGGGCACAAAUUAAACACUGGGUCUGAUCCUGUGAAACCUCAGUCAAUAGAACUGAUUUCAAUGAAACGACCCGCUUGAAUGAGGAUUACUGGAUUAAGCGAUUACUGGAUCAGGUCCAUUGUCCUCUGCCAGAGGGCAACUCUUAGAAUAUAUUUUGUGAACAGUGAAACGGGUGCUAAAUUGCCAAGUAAUGCACCUGAACAAACUGUCACUGAUUAGAGAAGUAUAGGGAGCAUAAGCUUUCAUGGGUAAGAACUUCACUUCUUCAGAUGCAAGAAGUGAGGUUGCAUCUGAAGAAGUGAGGUUCUUACCCACGAAAGCUUAUGCUCCCAAAGCUUCUGUUAGUCUUAAAGGUGCCACAGGACCCUCUGUUACUUUUUACAGAUUCAGACUAACACGGCUACCCCUCUGAUACUUGUCACUGAUUGUGCACAAUUUGCAUUAGAGAGUAACAACAUAUUGGUAAAGAACACUCUUAGGAGUAACAUUCCUAGAGUUGAACAAGCCUCUGGCACACAUUAUUUGUGCAGCAAUACAAAGCCACAAACAGAUAGAGCUAGGGAGCCCUAUUGCAGCCAUUACUCAAAAUGUCAUUGUUGGGAUUUGCCUUACAUCGGUAUUAUGGUAAAGGCGUGGUUUUUUAAAUGAUCUAUAGAACGUACUGUGGUGCAUAGAAACAACCCAGGAGCAAAUGCCCACACCCAGCUCUCUGCCAUGCAUCUUUGUAAAUCCUUGUUAAUUUCUGCCAUUUUUUAAUGUAUAUUUCUGUAACCAAACUGAUAAUAGACAUAUAUGGGGCCAGAUCUUCGGCUGGCAUACUCUGCGGCAGUGCCACUGAGCACCAGCUGAGGAUCUAGCCCAUUGUUUUCAGGAGAGCCACGUGAAAAUGAUGUACGCUCUAUUUCAAUAGUACAUAUUUGAUUGAUGUUUGGUUUUGCUUUUCAUAUUGCUAUUGGUUAUAACACCCCACUGAUUCCAUAUGAUAAAGUUUUAUAUUAUGUUCUGAGAACUGCAGAAUACUGUAAUGUGAAGAGGGUAGCUGCUACUCGCUCCUAUUACUGCAAGUUCUAGUCUUUAGCAACAACCAGGCUUCCUGAUGUAAGAAACUACGUGAAAAAAUAUUCUGAUCAAUCUCUCCAACUAAAAUAUCAUUGUAACUGCAUAGAACUACCCUGUACAAAGACAGCUUUAUUGUCUAUGUAAAUGUAACUUUGCUAUGUUGUUUUUAUGUUUAAGGGGCAAUAGGCUUUGGUGUGGAUGAGAACAUCGUCGCCUUAUAAAACCAGAGAGUAUUAUCACUCAUCAAAUAUUGUGCUGAAGAUAUUCAAUUUCUCUAUUUUUCCAGGAUAUAAACAUAUAUGUAAAACACUGUUACCUGAAAACUAAUUAUCUGUUCAAAAUAUACACAUAGAUGACAUAAGUUGAUCAUAACACUAUAACUAAAGGCUUCCUAACAAAUCACAUUAUUUUCAUAAAAGACUCUACAUGUGAUAUCCUUUGACAUCACAAGUAGAGGGGGAAAGUACUACAGCUACCAAGGCUGGUUAUAGUGGAUGAGUUAUUCUAUUAAUUCUGUCGCCUCUUUAGACAGAUUCUAAAUUUUGCAAUUUAAAAACAUCUGCAGGAUCAGGCUCUUGGUGGCCAUCACUGAAAAUAUAUGUAUAUUUACAGUUCAUACGUAAAUAUUCCAGUUCAGCCAAGCAAUUAAGCACGUGCAUUAGUCUCUUUAAAUAUGAGUUUAAGACCCCAAUUCAGCUAAGCUCUUCAGCACUUAUAUAAUGUUAAGCCUCUGUUUAAAUGUUUUAAGCCCUGAUUCAGGAAGGUUCUUAAGCAUGUGAGCAGUCCCAGGGAUUUUAUUGGGACUACUCACAUGCUUAACGUUAGAGAGACAAGGUGGGUGAGGUAAUAUCUUGUAUUGGACCAACUUCUGUUAUGAGAGACACAAACUCUGGAGCCACACCAGAGCUCAUCUACACUGCAUACAUGCUUAAAGUUAUGGAUAUACAUAAGUACCUUGCUGAAUCAGAGACUUUCUGAAAAGGGACAGACAACCAUAUGCUAAACGUUAACUAUGUACUUAAGCAUUGUGCUGAAAAGAAUAAUUUUCCUUAUACUGGCCUAAAGGCGUGACUUCAAUCCUCUUUUACAUAAUGGCAUAUAAUGUUGUAUAUUGGAAAAUCUUAAUUGCUUCUCAAAGCUAAGUUAGUAAGUUUACAGUUGUCAAGUUUAACAAGUUUUUGUUCUCUUUUGUUUCUCUCAUCAUCCUAGGAUUUGGGAAUGACAGUGGAUCCAUUCUUACAAUAUUAGUAAAUACAGGAUGUCACUGAGCAAUUUAAAGCAUUAACCAAAUAAAAUAUAUGUGUUGUGUUAUAGUUUACCUGAAAAAAGUGUUUUUCUAUUAUAUGCCUUUAAAAACUACUUCAUAAAUAUUGAACCAAUAUGUAUUCAGUGUGAAAGUUUUAUUCCAUUCUAACCAAGGACUGACUAAAUGGAUUUUUCUAAAUGAGAAGCUUUAUCUUCUGUAUUUUAAGCAGAACAAAUUUGAAUUUUGUCUCUGAUAAUAAAAUUUUGUACAGUAAUGUGUAAUUCAUCACUGUCUUAAUUUUCUGACAUGUGGAAACAAGGCUAAGAUAAAUAAAACUCUUGGCCUUUU